CUCCAUUUCUAUUAUCAUAUCCGUCAUCCCUUCUCUAUAUAAAAAAAAAAACCUUUCACUUUAAAUUUCAAUGGCCGGUUCGGUUAUGCUUCCGUCCGUUUCAAUAUGUAUGGCCUUAUGUGUCUUCAUCUUCUUCGCUCUUUCCCUUAAGCCCCUGGAAGCUCGUCAAACCUUCGGCAUGCUUUCCGGAAAGCCACGGCCGAGGACUGCUGCUGGUGGCAUAUGCGCUUCUUCUGUCCAUAUAUAUGGUUACAAGUGCGAAGAACAUGAUGUGGUGACUCAAGAUGGGUACAUACUGAAUAUGCAAAGGAUACCGGAAGGACGAACCGGCGCCGCCCGCACCGGAAAUGGGGGAAAGAGACAACCUGUCCUAAUACAACAUGGGAUUCUCGUCGAUGGGAUGUCAUGGCUGUUGAAUCCGGCGGAUCAAAACCUGCCGUUGAUUUUGGCGGACCAAGGAUUCGAUGUGUGGAUGGGGAACACAAGAGGGACUAGGUUCAGCAGAAGACACAAGAACCUUGACCCUUCUGAACGGGCUUUCUGGAACUGGACGUGGGACGAGCUCGUGAGUUACGAUCUGCCUGCUAUGUUUGACCAUAUCCACAGCCUAACAGGCCAAAAGAUUCAUUACCUCGGACACUCUUUGGGGACGUUAAUAGGAUUUGCAUCGUUCUCGGAGAAGGGUUUGGUUGAUAAAGUGAGAUCCGCGGCAAUGUUAAGUCCCAUUGCUUAUCUCAGCCACAUGACCACCGUCAUAGGCGACAUCGCCGCCAGAUCUUUCAUCGCCGAGGCCACCUCGAUUAUUGGAUUGGCAGAGUUUAACCCCAAAAGUGGAAUAGUUGGAGGUUUUAUAAAGGCUAUAUGCCUUAAAGCUGGGGUCGACUGUUACGAUUUAAUCUCUGUGAUCACCGGAAAGAAUUGUUGCCUUAACGCAUCAACCAUUGAUCUGUUCCUUGCGAACGAACCUCAGUCUACUUCCACAAAGAACAUGAUCCACCUUUCUCAAACGGUAAGAGACAAGGAGUUGAGAAAAUACAACUAUGGAAGCAGUGACCGCAACAUACAACAUUACGGUCAAGCGGUGCCGCCCGGUUACAACAUAUCGGCGAUCCCACACGAUCUCCCGCUUUUCUUCAGCUACGGAGGUUUAGACCGCCUGGCCGAUGUGAAAGACGUCGAGUUUCUCCUUGACCAGUUCAAGUUUCACGACGUUAACAAGAUGUCCGUGCAGUUUGUGAAAGACUAUGCUCAUGCAGAUUUCAUCAUGGGUGUUACUGCCAAAGACGUUGUUUACAACCAAGUUGCUACCUUUUUCAAACGCCUAGCUUGAUUUUACCAUACUAUUAUUAAUUUAUGUAAUUUGUUCCCCAAGCCAUCCAUAUUAAUUAAGCCCAUAAUUUCAUCAAUUGUUUUCCACAAAACAAAAUGGGCAUAAUAAAGCAAGUUAUGUUGUAAAUAAUAUAAAGAAAGUUAUUUCUA